AUGAACCACGAUCCAUACCAAUGGGGUAGACCAUCCAAUGACACUUAUGGAGCCUAUAACCAUAAGAUUGCUCAAGCCUCAAUUCAAGAAGCUGAUUAUCAACAACUAGACAAUUUUCCAAGAAUGAAUACCCAACAACCAAUAAUCACCGGUACGUCAGUUAUCGCCCUGAAAUUCAAGAAUGGAAUAAUCCUUGCUGCUGAUAAUGUCGGUGCAUAUGGAUCAUUAAUGAGAUUUAACAAUAUUGAACGGUUAAUUAAAGUUGGAUCAGAAACUGUGGUUGGAAUUUCUGGAGAUAUUUCUGAUUUACAACAAUUAGAACGAAUUUUAGAUGAAUUAGAAACAACUGAAGAAGUGUAUGAUAAUGAUGGUGGAGACUUUCUUUGUGCUUCAAAUGUUCAUGAAUAUUUAUCAAGAGUUAUGUAUAAUAGAAGAUCAAAAAUGAAUCCACUUUGGAAUGCAAUUAUUGUUGGUGGUUUCCACAAAGAUCGCAAGACUCCUUUUUUGAAAUAUGUUGAUUUAUUGGGGGUUACUUAUAGUGCAUCGACAAUUGCAACUGGUUUUGGAUCACAUAUGGCAAUUCCUUUAUUAAGAAAUUUGAUUCCUGAAGAUAAAGAUUAUAUUAAUAUUGAAGAAUCUCAAGUCAAAAAAGUUGUGGAAGAUUCAAUGAGAGUGUUGUUUUAUCGUGAUGCAAGAUCGGGUGAAAAAUAUUCUCAAGUUGUAAUUAGAUUAGAUGAUGAAGGAAAGAUUAUAGUUGAUUUUCAAAAGGAUAUUAAGAUUGAAAAACAAAGUUGGAGAUUUGCUAAAGAUAUCAGAGGUUAUGGAAGUGCUCAACAAUAG